AUGCUUCCCCAAAGGAUCACGGCCAUCAAUGGUUCCUGUGUUACAAUCCCAUGUCAAUUUGAGGUCCUCAAGGAAUAUGAACCAGAUGUCCUCAACUGCUCCAAAGGCGCAGUUUGGAAGAAAGGAGAUGCUUAUAAAACACCUGUCUUCAAUGGGGAAAAAUUGUACGAUAGUCAGAUAAAAGGACAAGUACUCGGGGAUUUAACGAAGAAGAACUGCACCACAAUGUUUCACAGCCUCCCAAAGGACUACGACGACAUUUACUUCUUCAGGCUGGAGUGUACAGAGAGGCUCAAGUUCACUUUUCAAAAAGGAGUCUACAUUACACAACAAGACGCGCCUCCACCCGAGAUGACCACCGUGACUCAGGUGUUAGAGGGAGUCGAGAUGAUGAGAGUGCGUUGUUCGGUCCCAGUGCCCUGCCCCGCCUUGCCCCCCUCCAUCACCUGGCUCCCCCGGGACGACUCCAGACAGGAGCAGACAGAAAUACUGCAGAAUCCAGAAGGACAGACAUACAUGACGUCCACGCUGACAUUCAUCACCUCAGCCGACCUUCACAACCGGAGCAUCAUCUGUUCUGUCUCCUAUCCGCUGGCAAAAGGGGGCAGCACCGAGCCGUCUUCAACAACUCAGAUAUUCAACAUCCUCUAUGCUCCUAGAUCCACUGAGGCGACACUCAGCAUGACCGGUGCUGUUUCUGAGGGCCACACUGUGACGUUCACAUGUUUCAGUGAUGCCAACCCUCCUGUGAGGAACCACACCUGGUACAGAAAUGACAAUGGAAAGUUGACAAAGAUGGGUGAAAGAAGCACGAUGGUCCUAAAAGUCACCAAGAGGGACAGCGGGUUAUAUCUGUGUGAAGCUCGAAACCAGAAAGGCUCUCAGAGGUCCAGAGCGGUGUAUCUUGAUGUCACCACUGCAGCAGUCGGCAGCUAUGACUUAGUGAUGUUUGUCUACAUUAUUUGUGGAGUCGUGGUGUUUCUCUACAUCUUGACCGUUGUUGUGGAUGUGUGCAAGUAUCGAAGUCUUUCCAAGAGGUUGGAGCAGAUAGAGCUGAAGGGGGAGCAAACCUACAGCAAUCUGAGGAGGGUCGACUCCGACUACGACCAAAUCCAGCCUAAAUCACCGUCCAUUUCUGAUGUUCCAAACUAUGAGAACCCCGUCGCCCUGCAAGCCAUUCUCAAAAAUCAGCCACUGCCAAAGGAUGCAUCAGGACGCUUCAACGUUUACACUACAAGAGUUAUUCCUGACUCAUACACCCUUCUUCUACAACUUCUGCUGUUGGCUGAGCUGUUUGUGCAUUCAUCAUCUCGUCCCGUCAGCAGCGUCUCGCUCUGCAACACAUUAAGUUCAAUGAUCCCUCAGGUGGAGAGCCUGAUGCACUUAUCAAAAAAGCUCCAUGACUUGACAGAUGAUGAGCUCAUAGAUGUAGUAGCUGUGGAAAACAGACUGGACGGUCUUCCUCACAUACAUCAUACUGCUGCACAUUUCGACUCAGUGAAGGUGAAUGAGUCUCUCUCCCAGCUGUAUGCUUACACUCAGGCUUUCAGACUGCACGUUGAAUGGUUGAAGACAGCCAAAAUAAGUGUCAGUUUGUCCUCCGGGUCAGCUGAUGGCGCCAAGACUCACCUCGUGCAGCUAUCCAGUCUCCUCAGCACAUCUCUCCAACAGAUCAAUCAGGAGGUGCCUCCGCUGCCGACUCCCUCCCUUCCCACCGUCUCCACGGCCUUCGAUGUGCUCAAGUUCUCCGUUGAGAUCUCCGAAAGGUUACAAGUCUUCUGUCACUGGUCAAAAAGAGUGUUACGGUAUCUUCAGAGAACAUCCCACUGUCCUAGACGUUAA